AUGGCCCCCAAGCGCAACGUAGCCCGUCCAGCUCCAGGAUAUGCCUCUAGCACAUACCAAGCAAUCACAUCUCCUGACAACCGCUCCAUCGUCACGGCCGUUGGACUUUUCGCUGCCGGCGUUGCUUUUUUACACAGUAGUUGGAGCGAGAUACUGAUCCCUGCGUAA